UGUGUAACUGUGUGUACAUGCGUAUGUGUGUGUGUGUGUCUGUGUGUGUGUGUCUGUGCGCAUUGCAGUUAUUCAUGAUAGAUAACUGCGCCGACGAUUGGAGGAUCGCAAUGACAUGGCAACGAAUUAGUCAAAUAGGGUUAGAACUUUUUAUAUGCGCUAUACAUCCAAUUCCUGGCGAAUACUAUUUCCAGUGGACGACGAAAUUGGCCAAUAAAAAUAAAACAAUUGGCACCGAAAUGGUGCCCUACGACGUAGCUUUAUCACUACCUAUGUUCCUUCGAUUAUAUUUAAUCUGCCGUGUCAUGCUGCUACAUUCAAAGCUAUUCACAGACGCAUCAUCACGGAGCAUCGGCGCUCUCAAUAGGAUUAAUUUUAACACAAGAUUUGUUUUAAAAACACUAAUGACAAUAUGCCCGGGAACGGUUCUAUUGGUCUUUAUGGUCUCCCUGUGGAUCAUCGCAUCGUGGACGCUGCGGCAGUGCGAAAGAUUUCAUGACGAAGAACAUGCGAAUCUAUUAAAUGCAAUGUGGCUGAUAGCGAUAACAUUUUUGAGUGUUGGUUUCGGUGAUAUUGUUCCGAAUACGUACUGUGGACGUGGUAUCGCUGUCAGUACAGGAAUAAUGGGCGCUGGCUGUACGGCUCUACUUGUCGCUGUUGUCUCACGCAAGCUGGAGCUGACCCGUGCCGAGAAGCAUGUGCACAACUUUAUGAUGGACACGCAGUUAACAAAAAGGCUGAAAAAUGCUGCGGCGAAUGUUCUACGUGAAACUUGGCUCAUUUACAAACAUACAAGACUAGUAAAACGGGUUAAUCCCGGCCGUGUAAGAACCCACCAAAGAAAGUUCCUUCUAGCUAUAUAUGCGUUGCGAAAAGUUAAAAUGGAUCAACGCAAACUAAUGGAUAAUGCCAACACAAUAACCGAUAUGGCCAAGACACAAAAUACGGUCUAUGAAAUAAUAUCGGAAAUGUCGAGUCGACAGGAUGCCAUCGAGGAGCGCCUAACGAAUCUAGAGGACAAAAUGCAAAGUCUACAAGAGCACAUGGAAAGCCUUCCAGAUCUAUUAUCGCGCUGUUUGACCCAGCAUCAGGAGCGCAUCGAGCAACGACGCAACUUUCUGCACCCGGACACAGCAGCCGCUGCCAUUCAGCCAUCGAUUCAACCGCCCACGCCCCAAUCCAUGUUCAAUGCGGCCCCCAUGCUGUUCCCCCACUCUAGAAGUGUACCCUCAUCCAAUAACGCCGCUGCUACUUACCAUUGGCCAACAAGCCCUAUUUUGCCACCUAUAUCUAGUAGAACACCACAUUUAGUGCCUGAUACUCACAUGCCAUCAAAUGGAUCUGCAGUUAAUAGCUACGCAUCUUCCAACAAAUACGGCAGCUGAAUAUCAGACAGAGAGCGC